UGCAGCCCCUCUAUUUUUCUGCAAUUCGACAUUUUGUUUUUUUUACACACAAGUGUUUGACAUCUUCAAGAUUCAGAAGCAUUUACAUAUGGAUUCUUCUUCUACAUUGCCACCUUCGACCUCCGGCGCGCCGCCGCAGCGGGAGCCGGAGACCACGCUGGAUGAGAUUGUGUACAAGACGAAAGCGAUUGAAUUCUUCGGCCGAACAGCUCCCAUCAUUCUCCAAAACAACAAUGGCCCCUGCCCUCUCCUCUCUAUAUGUAAUGUUCUCUCCCUGAAGAACAGUUUGAGUUUGAGCCUGGAUAUGCCAGAGGUUUCACAGGAUAAAUUGCUCUCUCUGGUUGCUGACAGAUUGAUUGAUUCAAACAGUAAAGUUGAUAACAAAGAUGCUGGAUAUGUUAAAAACCAGCAGCAAAAUAUUGCAGAUGCUAUUGAUUUACUUCCUAGACUCACUACUGGCAUUGAUGUGAAUAUAAAAUUCAGAAGAAUCGAUGAUUUUGAGUUCACUCCAGAAUGUGCAAUAUUUGAUUUACUGGAUAUCCCACUCUACCAUGGAUGGAUUGUUGAUCCACAGGACAUUGAAACUGCUGAUGCUAUUGGUUCAAAAUCAUAUAACACUCUCAUGGGCGAGCUUGUUUCAUUGGAAACUCAAGCUAUGGAGUGUGAACAGAAUAAGAAUCUAGAAGAAGAUAGUGUAGAUUUUGUGGCUGCGACAACUGCAGUUCUUGGAGUUCCUUCUCCUAGUCUUUCAAGAAGUCAAUCCUUCACUGAUUCACCCCAAAGUGUGAAAAAGGGAGACAUGGAAGAAGAAGAAGAAGUCUUGAGAGUCUUGAAGUUAUCGGAGGCUGAAAUUCUUAGUUCAGCAGCAGCUGGUGUAGUUUUAAACACUGAUAGUGCACAUAGGGAGAACUCUGAAGUGUUGAUAUGUUCAGAACCAGUGGAAAAUCAUGUUUCUAGUGAAGCUGUAAAGGCUGGGGCAUUAUUUUCUGAUGACAGCAAUAAUUUGAACAAUCUCAGUAAAGGUAAAAGAAUUCCUGGAAAAGUCACCCAAGAAGCUGCUUGCUCACUCCCAAAGGCUGAUCAAGAGGAAAAUUGUGUACAGAAAACCUGCGAAGACUCUAAAAGAUCCUGUGAAAGUGCAGUUGAUGAACGCAGGAAUAGUGAUCAUGUUGAUGAACCUCUCUCUUUAGAAGAAGUUCCUUCUAGUCACUGUCUUGAUGAACCCAGGAAUACUGAACAUGUUGAAAAUAAAUUCACUUCCACUUCCGACCUGGAUGAUCAAAGUUAUCUCACACAUGAUUGUAAAGCUGGAGAUUCACCAAGUUUGUUGACUGCUUCUGCAGAUUUAGGUUCAUCAAGUGGCCCAAUACAUAACACUGGUAGUCCUGUCCUCAAUUCAAGUGUUGAUGUCAGUGAACCCAUUUAUGAAGGGGAAGAGUGUAUAAUGGAAUCAGGAACUGCGGUCUGUCAAAAUCAAGAGCCCAUUUAUGAGGGUGAGAUGGUUCUUGCCGAACAAGGGGAUAGAGGUUCUGUUGAUGAUGGUGACUCUAAGGAGAGAAUAUCUUUCACACAAGGAGAACUAAUCAGGAACUUUAUGAAGAACAGUGCUAGUCAAUUGACUAUUUAUGGCCUAUUUAGCUUACUAGAUAAAGUGAAGGAACGUGAGCUUUGUGUAUUUUUCAGAAAUAAUCAUUUCAACACUAUGUUUAAGUAUGAAGGUGAGUUGUAUAUUUUGGCAACGGACCAAGGUUACAUAAAUCAGCCAGAUUUAGUAUGGGAAAAACUAAAUGAGGUGAACGGCGAUACUGUGUUCGUGAUGGGAAACUUUAAGGAUUUCAAGAUGGAUGAUCAUUCCAACGUCACCUGGGAUGAGCAGAAUGCCAUGGCCAAUACGGCUGACUAUAUAGCUAGCAUUGAUAGCGUAGCUCAAUCAGAUUCCAAUAUCAAUUCUGAUUUGCAAUUGGCUAUAGCUCUUCAACAACAGGAAUUUGAGCAACAGCAACCUCAGAGAUCAGUACAACCAACUGUUGCCAGUGGUUCAGGGAUGAUCACUAGUCCGCAGGUUUUACACAACAGUGGGAAACCCACGCCUUCCUCGUCUAAGCAGGAGUCCAAAUUGAAAGAGAAGUGCGCCAUCAUGUGAGAGUACUUGAUGCUGGUUUCGUGCAAGUCAUGUGAAUGCUACAACCAUCUCUUGGCGUGUGGAACUUAUACGGUUCGUAGCACCUUGUUUGUAAAAGCUAAUUACAAAUCCCAUUUUUGUAAAUCUCUGCUGCAAAUUUGAUCUCAUGAAUUUGCAGCCGUGAUUUUCUCACUUUAGUCAUAAAGAUCCAUAUGCUUAUGGAUUCUCCAGGAUUUAGACUUCUAGUAGCGGUAGGUGCUUUAAAUGUCAAACUCUGUAUAAUUCAGACAUACAUACAAUCAUAGCUUCGUUCAGGAAGAACUGAUGAAAAUUUUGGUGGCCUUUUCUCUUCC